UGCAGACAAUGAACAUGGAAUCGGAGACCCUAGAAACCCUAGGGCCGUCCGAGUUCUCAUUCGCUAUCACGAAGGUAGCAGUGGCUCAGAUCUGUCAAUCUGCAGGCUUCAGAGCCGCCCAAUCCUCCGCCCUCGAAACAAUUACUAGAAUCACCACACUCUAUCUCCAAACCCUCGCCAAAUCCGCCUCCUCACGGGCCGCCUCCUCCGGUCGCACGCAAUCCAACAUCUUCGACGUCGUCCACGCCCUCGAACACCUCUCCUCCGACCAAGGCUUCGCCGGCGCCUCCAACCCCAACGGCUGCCUCCUCGCAUCGAGCCCUCUUCUUGACCUCAUCAAAUUCGUCUACUCCCGCCGCGAAAUCCCAUUCGCCAAGCCCCUCCCCCGCCGCUCCAACCUCUCCCAAAAACUACCGCUGCCGCAAAACCCAUCGAAUUCAAAACAGAGCCCCCACAUUCCGACAUGGCUGCCUGGUUUCCCCGAUCCGAGCACGUACACAGAGCCCAAAACCGAGAUUCCUAGUGGGUUAAAUUGGAAUGCAGAAGUGGAGGAGAGGAAACACAGCGGAAACGAGAUGGAGAAAAAAUCGAGGUUGGACAACAUGGAAUUGCCGAAAAAGCGGGAGAGGGUGACAUUCAGAAUGGGAGAAGCAGCAGAAGCUAAGGGUCCGAGGUUAGGGUUUAGGGUCGGAAUGAAGAAUGGGGUUUGCAGAGGAGGGAAGAGAGUUUCUUGGCAAAAUCACAAUCUCCAAAAUUCCAAUUUCAAAAGACCAAGAUAAAGAUGGCCUUUCCAAAACGACGUCGUCGGAGUAGGGCUUGUAGCUUCGAAUAUAACAAAUCCUCUGGGAGUGAAAGAGACGAUGCAACGUUGGUAUCUGGUUGGCAACUUGGCAAAGCGCUUGGGAAAACAAAACGGCGGCCGAGGUUCGAUUCACGACAGCCGCUAUCUUUUUCGCAUUAAUUCCAUGAUUUAAGAUAUUUCGAAUAUAAUAAAAACAACUAAAAAAUCUAAGCUUUUAUUUAUUAAUAAUAAU